AUGAGUCAGGCUUCUGUGAGUCAGUCUGUUGACAAGCCAUCCCUGGCCAUUCCUCGGCCAUUGAAAAAUAGAAGUCCAGGGGAAGGGUAUGAGGAGGCCAAUUUAAUUAGUGUGGGCUCUAAGCGCCCAGGGCCAUCUGACUCCGUCCCUCUCUCUCUCUCUCUCUCUGCCCCCUGCCCACUUCCCAGGUUAGCUUUAUACGUCUACGAAUACUUACUGCACGUAGGAGCACAGAAAUCUGCACAGACCUUCUUGUCCGAGAUUCGAUGGGAAAAAAACAUCACAUUGGGAGAACCGCCCGGGUUUUUGCACUCAUGGUGGUGUGUAUUUUGGGACCUUUACUGUGCAGCUCCUGAAAGGCGAGACACUUGUGAACAUUCAAGUGAAGCAAAGGCCUUUCAUGAUUACAGUGCAGCAGCCGCCCCGAGCCCCGUGCUUGGCAACAUUCCCCCCAAUGAUGGGAUGCCAGGAGGCCCCAUCCCGCCAGGUUUCUUUCAGCCUUUUAUGUCACCGAGAUACGCAGGCGGCCCCAGGCCUCCGAUCAGAAUGGGAAACCAGCCUCCGGGAGGAGUUCCUGGGACACAGCCCCUGCUGCCCAAUUCCAUGGACCCCACACGACAACAAGGGCACCCCAACAUGGGAGGAUCAAUGCAGAGAAUGAACCCUCCCCGAGGCAUGGGGCCCAUGGGUCCUGGCCCACAGAAUUACGGCAGCGGCAUGAGACCACCACCCAACUCCCUCGGCCCCGCCAUGCCCGGGAUUAACAUGGGCCCGGGAGCUGGCAGACCCUGGCCCAAUCCUAACAGUGCUAACUCAAUUCCAUACUCCUCCUCAUCGCCGGGUACCUAUGUGGGACCUCCUGGUGGUGGUGGCCCCCCUGGAACACCCAUCAUGCCUAGUCCUGCAGAUUCAACAAAUUCCAGUGACAACAUCUACACAAUGAUUAAUCCGGUGCCGCCUGGAGGCAGCCGGUCCAACUUCCCAAUGGGUCCCGGCUCGGACGGUCCGAUGGGAGGCAUGGGUGGCAUGGAGCCACACCACAUGAAUGGAUCGCUAGGGUCAGGUGACAUAGAUGGACUUCCAAAAAAUUCUCCUAACAACAUAAGUGGCAUUAGCAAUCCUCCUGGCACCCCUCGAGACGACGGCGAGCUAGGAGGGAACUUCCUCCACUCUUUCCAGAAUGACAAUUAUUCCCCAAGCAUGACGAUGAGUGUGUGACCCCUCCUCUUCUCCAAGACGCUGAGAGAGCCGGCAUUGCAGGCGGGAAGAUGCCAGAAAUUAUGCAAGAAGAAGUGAGGUGUCAUUACCCAGGAGCUGGGGGGAGGGGCAUCUCCCCGCUCCUCCACCCCACCUCCCCUCUCCACUCCCCCCCAUCUUUCCCAAUUUUAGUUUCAUGCAAUAAAAAGGCCGAACUUUUUAUUUCAUAAAACAUGAAGGACAAAAACUCAAAAUAAAAAUAUAUUUCAAAUCACCGACCAGAAAAAUCCCACCCCUUGCCCUUCCCCAAAAGGACCUUUUACGUACAUGACACUUUUUUUGUUGUUUUUUUGUUUUGGGGGUUUUACCGUUGGGAUUUUUUUAUUUGUUUUCAGGGGGGUUUUUUUGGGGAAAAAUUUUUAAAAAUGGAAGCUUCUAGCAAGCCCACCCCACCCGACCCAAUCAACCUCUUUGCUUUCUUUAAAAAAAAAAAAAAAAGGAAAAAGGA